CUUCACAUUAUAUAUGGACGAUGAUCCCACCAAAGAUCCCAAGUUAGACCAACCAGCUUCUCAGCCUCAUUCCAUCCAAACUCCCACGUGUCAAAACCCAUCUUCCACGUGCGAAAAAACUCUGCCUCUGAUGGCCUCACCAAGCUUCACCAAGAAACACCCAAUGUAUCGUGGAAUCCGAUGCCGGAGCAACAAAUGGGUAUCUGAAAUAAGGGAGCCUCGGAAGAGCUCACGUAUAUGGCUUGGCACUUAUCCAACUCCUGAAAUGGCCGCCGCUGCUUAUGACGUGGCAGCCCUUGCCCUAAAAGGUGGUGACGCCGUUCUCAACUUCCCUAACUUUGUUUCAAGCUACCCUGUUCCCGCUUCUUCCUCUUCCGUUGAUAUACGUAAUGCGGCUGCGGCUGCGGCGGCUUCGCUGAGAAAGGCUGAUCAACAAAGCAGUACAAGUAGUGAAAAUCCAAGAAAUAAUGAUCACCAAUCACCUGUCAAUGAUUAUGUAGAGUUUAUUGACGAAGAGGCACUUUUGAACAUGCCUAAUUUUCUUGUGGACAUGGCGGAGGGAAUGAUGGUUUCGCCUCCGAGAAUGAACUCACCACCGUCUGAUGAGUCGCCGGUGAAUUCUGAUGCAGAAAGUCUGUGGAGCUAUUAUUGAUAAUGCUAGCUAGCUGCCUCUUAACUAUUCAGUGAUCCUGUUUCAUCGAUGGGUCAAAUCAACAAGAUGGAAACACAAAAGAAAAAAGAAAAUUUAUUAAAUAAACUUUAGAAAAGAAAAUGAUCUUAUAUAUAUGAAACAGUGAUUAUCAGCUCGAAGAGUUUCGAAGUUAAUUACGGAAGACAUUAAAGAGUACUGUUGUUGUCUUGCUUGCUUAGGAUUAUCAGUUGAUAGAUUUCUGUACGUGCUUUAUAUUAAAAUUUGUAUGAAUAGCGUAUC